AUGGCCGGCGCAGCGGAGGAUCUCCGCGCCCUGCAGGCCAGAGUCGAGUACGUCGAGCGCCGCGAGCGGGAGCGGGAGCGCGACCUCCACGAGCAGCUCGAAGGCGUGCAGCGCGAGCUCGUGCAGACGCGUAACGCCGUUGACGCUAAGGAGCGCGUGUGCCUUGAGGAGAUGGCGCGCAUGCAGCGCGAGUGGCAGGCCGCCUCGGCAGCGGCGACGGCAGCGCAGAAGCAGGCGGAAGGAAUAUGGCGCGAUUUGAUGGUGGAGGAGCGGCAGCGGCUCGAGCAGGCGCAGCAACAGCAGGAGCGCGGCCGCUUCGACGCCAUCCGCCGCGUCGUGGACAGCCUCGCCGAGCAGGUGACGCAACUAUCGGAGCUUGUCGCGGCCAGUGCGGCAGGCGGCCAGGGGGCGGCGCAGCAGCAGAAGCAGUGGAUGCAGCGGCAUCAGCAGGAGCAGGCGGACUUCUUGAAGUUCUUUGAAGAGACAUGUGCGCAGCUCCACGACGCCAUCCGCCGCGAGCAGCAGGCGCGGGAGAAGAGCACACGCCACAUCGAGCAGUUGCUGCUGGCACGUGAUGGUGGUGGUGGUGGUGGUCUUGCUGUUCCCGCCAAGAUUCAUCAUUUCUAG